AUGGCUUCUCAAAGUGCUGUUGACGAUCGAUCCAUUUCGGCUCACUGGUGUCAAAAGGCUUGCUAUAAUGUUCUAUUUCAUCCGCUUAGAGCUGUACCGGGCCCUGUCCUUGCAAAGAUCUUCGCGUUCUAUAUGGCACCUGCCAUGGUAGAGGCACGCCGAGCACAGAAGCUCCUGGAUUUGCAUCGCGAAUAUGGACCAGUAGUCCGUAUUGGCCCCAGUGAAGUUUCCAUUGGAGACUAUCAGCUCUAUCGAAGAAUUUACAGCCAGAACACUUCCACCAAGGAGGAAUCGUUCUACACGGCGACCACGCUUUUGGGGCACGAGAAUCUUGCACGCUACCGGAACAAAACCAUGCAUUCUGCCCGUCGCAAGAUGAUGAGCCAGCCGUUCUCGCAACAAGCUAUCAACGAAAAUGAGUCUCUCAUUACGGAAAUGAGUGAGCGAUUUGUCGAGAGAGUCAUAAACAGCUCUGACGCCUCUUUUACAAACACUGUCGAUGUUCUGCCAUUCUGCAAACUAUUCAGCCUGGAAGUAAUCUGCAAAGCAGCCUUCAACAAGGACAUUUCUGCUCCCUCCACCCAAAAUGCUCUCACUUUCUUGCAGGCUUUAGAAGACACCCCCAGGGUGAUGAUCAUUUCUUCCAUCUUUCCGUUCUUCAGAAAAUGGAAACGACUCGGCGAGUAUCUUCCAGGUGCGGGCGGCUAUGCAUUCAGGCAGAGUAGGCUCUACGAGAAGUACAUGAGAUCCCUCUUCCAGGAGUUUCGUCAUGAAUCGAAGCAAGACAGCACGGAGCGAUUCAUGGCGACUCCACUCCUGCGAAGCGAGGAUACACAUCUGGGCAGACGUCUGACCGAGGACGAGGCAGUCGAAGAAGCAAUGGGUCUCGCUUUCGCUGGUAGUGGAACCACAUCAUCGACGCUUGUCUAUCUCUUUUAUAGCCUCUCAACGAUGGAAAACCGCCAUGUUCAGCUCAAGUUACGAGAAGAGCUUCAAGCUGCAGGGCCCAGGCUUGCAGAUGUCAAAGACCUACCUUAUCUGAAUGCCGUUAUCAAGGAAACAAUGCGUCUUUAUCCCACCAUCAUCUCAACACUGCCGCGCGUACUAGACGUACCCCUGGAAUCGGGCGAUGUUCACCUUCCUGCCGGCACCAUUGUUGGUAUGCAGAACUACGUACAUCAUCGCGAUCCAUUGGUGUACGCUGAACCGAAUAGCUUCCUCCCCGAGCGUUGGAUUGGGCAAAGUCCAUCGAGUGAAGUAGAAAAGGCCUUCACGCCAUUCAGCCUCGGCACCAGAAACUGUAUCGGUCAGAACCUGGCAAAAGCAGAGCUCUUGCUCGUAGUGAGUAUAGUGUUCCGACGUCUAGACUUGCGCCUGAAUGAGGUCAUGACCGAAAGUGAUAUGGAGAUGGAGGAUCGAUUUGCCGCAUCACCUAGAGGAGGGAAGCUUAUGGUCGACGUCUUAAAGGUAUCGUAG